CGCUCCCGCCCCGUCACUUCAUCCAUCACCAACUAGGUAGGUAACAACAGCCGUUGCUUUACCAAACCGCAAUCAUCACGAGCUGCGCCUAGCAGCAAACCACCGCAACAAUGGCCAACACAACCCCCGCCGUUGUCAUGGACAACGGCACGGGGUUCUCCAAGCUAGGUUUCGCCGGCAAUGAUUCCCCCUCGUUCGUAUUCCCGACGGCCAUCGCGACCAAAAGCCCCUCGGCAGGCACCGGCGGCUCGGGCUCUGGCCGCCCCGCCGUAGCCAACAAACCAUCCUUCCUCACCGGCGGCGCUGGUCCAGGUGGCCAUCUCUCAGCAAAGCGCGGAACCGAAGACCUCGACUACUUUAUCGGCGACGAGGCCGUAGCGGCCGCCAAUGGACCUGGCUACGGGUUGCACUAUCCCAUCAGACACGGACAGAUCGAGAACUGGGAUCACAUGGAAAGGUUCUGGUCCAACUCCAUCUUCAAGUAUCUGAGAGUAGAGCCUGAGGACCACCACUUCCUCCUCACUGAGCCCCCUCUCAACCCUCCCGAGAACCGCGAAAACACCGCCGAGAUCUUCUUCGAAUCCUUCAACUGCGCCGGUCUCUACAUUGCCGUCCAGGCCGUUCUGGCCCUUGCGGCUUCCUGGACAUCAUCCAAGGUCCAGGACAGAUCCUUGACCGGUACUGUCAUUGAUUCGGGUGAUGGUGUGACACACGUUAUCCCGGUCGCCGAAGGUUACGUUAUCGGCUCGUCCAUCAAGUCGAUCCCUAUUGCCGGUCGCGAUAUCACCUACUUUGUCCAGUCGCUUCUCCGUGACCGCGGCGAGCCCGAUUCGUCCCUCAAGACGGCCCAGGAGAUCAAGGAGGAGUACUGCUACGUCUGUCCGGAUAUCGUCAAGGAGUUUGCCAAGUACGACCGCGAUCGCAGCCGAUUCCUGAAGCACACCAUUACCCAGCCCGGUGGCCGCCAAGUUACGGUUGAUGUUGGCUACGAGCGUUUCAUGGCGCCCGAAAUCUUCUUUAACCCCGAGAUUUACUCGUCCGAUUUCCUGACGCCCCUGCCCGUGGUUGUCGAUGGUGUCAUUCAGUCUUCGCCCAUCGAUGUCCGUCGUGGUCUCUACAAGAACAUUGUUCUUUCGGGUGGCAGCACGCUCUACAAGGACUUUGGUCGCAGGCUACAGCGCGAUAUCAAGCAGCUUGUCGAUACGAGAAUCAAGGCCAGCGAGGUGCGCAGUGGUGGAGCAAAGAGCGGUGGUCUUGAUGUCCAGGUUAUCACCCACAAGAGGCAACGGCACGGCCCGUGGUUCGGUGGUAGCUUGCUCGGUCAGACGCCCGAGUUUCGGUCGUACUGCCACACCAAGGCAGAGUACCAAGAAUAUGGACCCAGCAUCGUGCGCAGGUUCGCUCUGCUCGGAGGACCUGGUGGAUCUUAAGCGUAGUUAUUUGUGUACAGGAGCGAGUCCGCAUCUUAUUUGGCAGGCAGCGGGCGCCGAUGUUUAUAUAAUGGCGAUGAAUCGAAAAGAGGAACUAAUGCUAGUAAAGUUGCAUCAG